CCACAAGCCUACAACCACCAAACUGAACUGUUCUUAACCACAAGCAUCAGGUUCACUUAAUUCACUCGAUUGUGAAAGUACUGUGUGUGCAAUUAUAUCCAACAGAGAGAGAAAGCUAAAGGAUCGUAAAGAUAGAAUAAUCUUCAUGCAUGCCCCAGUUGCAGAAACUGUCCCCCCCACUUUUGAAACCAAAGUUAUGCCACUGCUUUGAGGUCAGGAAGCAAGCCACAAUGUUGAAGGGCUAACAAGGAGGCUCUCGCAAGGAUGCCCUGCUAUCCCUAGAUUUUCACCUAUUCAGAGGCCAAACCGACACCGGAUCAAUAGGCCGAGCCUUGCCCAGAUCACUCAGGUGAAAGUAAUGAUGUCUCUUGGACAUUUAGCCAAGGGGGCCAGUUUGGACGAGCUCAUCGAGGCUUGCAUUCAGUCAUUUGAUGCAGAUGGAAGCUUGUGUCGAAGUGGUCACCUGCUGCAGAUAACAUUGACAAUGCACCGGCUGAUCAUGUCAUCAUCUGACCUGCUGGAGAAACUUGUCACUCUUUAUAAAAAUGCUUUUGGAAGUCAGAGCCCCACAGAUUGUCUAAAAAUCUGUUAUGUGAUCAGGUAUUGGAUCACUGAGUUUUGGAUAAUGUUUCAAUUGGAUUCCAACCUAACUGACACGAUGGAGCAGUUUCAAGAACUGGUCAGGGAAAACAGGGAGGAAAGACACUGCCGGUUGAUUGAUACAACGCAGAUAAAUGCCAGAGAAUGGUCCCGGAAGAUCACCCAGAGAAUAAAAGCUAACAGCAGUAAGAAGAGAAAAGUUUCCCUGCUGUUUGAUCACCUGGAGCCUGAGGAGUUGGCAGAGCACCUCACCUAUCUGGAGUUCAAGUCCUUCCGUAGGAUAACAUUUGCAGACUACCAGAAUUAUGUUGUCAAUGGCUGUGUGAAGGAAAACCCAGCAAUGGAACGCUCCAUAGCGCUGUGCAAUGGCAUCUCCCAAUGGGUUCAGCUGAUGGUGCUGAGCAGACCCACAGCACAGCUGCGGGCAGAGGUCUUCACCAAGUUCAUUAAUGUAGCUCAGAAACUCCAUGAAGUCCAGAACUUUAACACACUAAUGGCGGUGGUUGGGGGUUUAUGCCACAGCUCAAUCUCCAGACUCAAGGAAACCAGUUCACAUGUACCAAAUGAGGUCAACAAGGUACUGAAUGAGAUGACGGAGCUGCUCUCCUCCUGUAGAAACUAUGACAACUACAGGCGUGUGUACAGUGAGUGCACAGGCUUUAAGAUCCCCAUCCUGGGGGUUCACCUGAAGGACCUCAUCUCAGUGCAUGAGGCGAUGCCAGAUUAUGUGGAAGACAAGAAGAUUAAUGUACAGAAACUUCAGACACUUUAUAACCAUAUCCAUGAACUGAUAGUGCUGCAGCAGCUGGCCCCUCGCCUGGAUGCUAACAAGGACCUUGUCCAUUUGCUAACGCUGUCACUGGACCUUUACUACAGCGAAGAUGAGAUUUACGAGCUGUCCUACGGGCGUGAGCCAAGAAACAGCAAAGCACCGCCAGGGACUCCAGCCAGGCCCCCAGUAGUGUCAGACUGGGCACCUGGGGUGGCACCCAAACCGGAUCCGAAGACCAUCAGUAAACAUGUCCAGAGGAUGGUGGAUUCAGUGUUUAAAAAUUAUGACCAUGACCAGAAUGGCUACAUUUCUCAAGAGGACUUUGAGAAGAUUGCUGCUAGCUUCCCAUUUUCCUUCUGUGUAAUGGACAAAGAAAAGGAAGGACUGAUCAGUAGGGAGGAAAUCACUGCCUACUUCAUGAGGGCCAGUGUGAUCUGUUCCAAACUGGGUUUGGGGUUUAUCCACAACUUCCAGGAGACCACCUACAUGAAACCCACUUUCUGUGACAACUGUGCUGGAUUUCUCUGGGGUGUUAUCAAGCAAGGAUACAGAUGCAGAGACUGUGGAAUGAACUGCCACAAGCAAUGCAAAGACCUGGUGGCGUUUGAAUGCAAAAAGAAUGCAAAGAACACAGCAGCAGACAACAGCCCCACGUCAAGCUCCACUCCAACGGCACUCUGUACUCCAGGGGUCAGAGGUUACGGGCAUGGUUCUGAGGAUGGACAGUUCACAUACCUUAAUGGUGAAGGAGUCGAGCAUUCAGACAAAAGCAAGGAAUGGGAGCCAACUCUUGCAAGCGUAUCAGAACAGUCACACUCAGGAGAACCAAAAGCAUGGGCAGUGAACAAAAGCACCCAGACUGAAUGGCCCCAGUCCCCGGAGUCUGUGUUUUUACUACCUGCUCCACUCUCCCCCUGCCCGUCACCUCUUACUCCCUGCCCAAGCCCUGUGCCAGUCCGCAAACGAGCCUACGCAAAGUGGGAGAACAGAGCCUCGACUGUGAAGCCAACCUACGAGCAGCUGGAAAUGGAAAAAUGCACUCUUCAGAAGUCCAAUGAGACCCUGCGGCGGAAGUUAAAGGCAUCAGAACGAGAUGUUGAGGUGCUGCAAACCCUCCUCAAAAGACACACCCUCCACCCCCUGGACCCAGAAGAUUCCUCGUAAUGCUGAGAACUUUCAGUAAGAGCCCGACAAGCUGCUGCCGUCUCACAGUGACCCUGGUGUGCUUGCUCAGGCACGGACAGAACUUUUUGAAAGGUCAACCAACUAAAUGGACAUUCCAAAUGCUGUUUGUAGGCCUCGCUGCUUUAACAAGCCAGUGGUGUUUACUUGGCUUCUGUAUAUUCACAAAUGUCACAAUCAUCACAGAUACAACAAGCUGUUUUUUUUUUGGUUUUUUUUACAUUAAUAAUGUCACGUUUGGUAUCAGGUAAAUUAUUCAUGAUCUGCAAUUUACUUGUGAUUUCUCACUGUCAGUAACCGAAUGUCUGAUUACAGAAAAAUACUAUUAUUGGUAUCAUAAGUAUAAUUAUUUAGGUCAAGAAUGUUGUUUUUAUUAAUAUGAAUUUCUUGUUCCUGAUAUCCUGAAAAUACCAAUUGUAUUAGAGCUAUAGUUCUAUUAAAAACAUAUCUACAAGAACAGAUACAGCAGAGUUAUUUGAUACCAAAUAUAUAGAGUACAACAGGCUUUGUACUUACAACUGUAGCACAAAUUACUAAGUACCUUUCAUAGAAUUAAAUAUUUGUAGCAAGUCAAAUUUCAGGGUAAACUUGACCUAAUAGCAGUUUGACUUUACGUUUCAGUAUUUUGAUGAAUAACGGUUUCAAAUCUACAAUUAAAUCCUUACAUGCCUCAAUUUUGUAGUCUUGUGAAAACUUCAAACAUAUCAAACUGUUUUAAUCUUCAUUUAUUAAUAUCUGUAUAAAAUGUAAAAUAUUCUAAAUAACCCUACCAAGGACACUGUACUCCUAUAGAUGUGUAUUUGUAAAAAGUGAAGUUAAUGUAACAUUUUUGCCUGGAUCCUUCAGGAUCCUAUUAAUUUAAUUGGAACCAAAACUGACUUAUUACCAGUAUUUGUUGUGAUUUAGAAAAAUAUGUAAAUAUAUAAAUAUAUUGUACAGUUGUUUUAAUGUAUUGUAUUACAGACCUCUGUUUAUAUACUGUGCCUGUAACGUUGUGGAAUAUAGUGUUUUUACUGUGUUAAAUAUUCAACAAUUAAACUAUUUA